UUAACGCUAGCAAUACCUUUUGAGAACGCCAAUGUUCAUAGUUCGUUCGUUGUUAUAUCUGUUUCGUAAAGUUUCGUUCGUGUUUUGUGAUUGUGUUUGUGCACGAAUUUUAAGAAAGUGUUUGUUUGUGAUUAAGUUAUACAUCUACGACAAGUUACAUGAAUCUUAUUGAAUUGAACUGUAUAGUGUUUAUUUUUUAGCAAAAAUGACGAUACCACCAUUCCCUUCACAAGAUUUAGCAAAACUAGUGCUGGGAUAUCUUGCUGAGGAGCAGCUUAUGACUGCUUACGAUGAGUUUUUGCAAGCGAGUCCUUACAUAGACGCCCUCAGAAACGAAUAUGACAGGAUAUUUAUGACAUCACUCAAGAAUAUUCUGGCAGAAUAUAGGGCUGUAAAAAUAUUUGUGGAAACAUGUAAACCAUUACCUCUCAGAAGAAGAUUGGUCCAGUGUACCAAUUUAGUAGACCAAGUAAAGUUCCUAGUGAACUAUGCAGAUAUAUCCAAGAUACAAGCACAGGAUACCUCCAGUGAUAAAAUAAGCUAUGUGAAACAGAACAAUUCAGGUUCAACAACAAAGCAAAGUUAUUGUGAUGUGUGCUCACUGAAUGUUACAACUUGCUUAUGUAAAAGUAAACAGAAAUUGAGUGUCCAUACACAACACAAUGACACUACAAAUAGCUCAGAGAAAUCCGUGGAGGCAACAGCUUUGGAAGAUUUACCAGGAAACCAUAGCACUAGAAAGAAACAUGCCAAGGCACUUGAAAAGGAGGUUUUAUUGGAAUCAAAUAUAGGACUGAAUGACAGUUCAAAGCAAUCAUCUAAUAUUCAAAGCAACAGCAGCACAGGACUUAAUACUCUGAACUCCAACUCACAUAGCUCUCAGACUAAGUGCAAUGAAAGUUCAUGUCUCAGUGCCAUUGUCAAAAUAUCCGACACACCAGAAUGCAGAGAAAAAAUUGAAGAAUUUAAUAGCAUCUUAAAUAAAGUUUGCAGUAAAAAAUCCAAGGAAGAUAACCAGAAAUUUCGUGUCCCUUCAUCUGAAAUUAUACAAAAAAAUGUUUCUAAUGCAAGCACCUUUCAAGAAUUCGCUUCUGGUGUUUGUGGACGCGAUAAUAGAAAUGUCCCUGUGCCAGAUUCGAGCACCUCUGAAAAUGCAGUGGCGCAAACGGGUAUGCCAAGUGAAAUCAAUAGGGAUACAUGUGGUCAUGUAAACGAAUUAACAAAUGGUACACUUGACGAUUCGGCGACCAGGCCGUACAGCACCCAUCCGUAUCCUAGGAUUAAACCUAAAAGUAGCAAUGAACAAAAGAUAAAAAUAAUUUCUGAUAUUAAGGUCGACAGGCCUUUCACUACGCUUAAUAACGCUACUUCAACUCCGUUAAUGCAAACCAUUGUUGUAAAUGGUACACCUGCUUAUAAGCAAAAACUUCCUGUAGGCAACAAUUACACGAAAGAUGAAAUUAUGGCAAUGCCUACAAUAAUCGUGGUACCAGCGUCAGGCCCCCCACCGAACAUGACUCAAACUAAACCUGUGCUGGCACAAAAGAUACAUCAAGCCAAAACCAAAACUUCUGUUUCAUCAGCUCAAAUACUUAGUCCUCUCGUCCUAGACGUAUCUUCUAGUAAUGGUGCGACAAACAUAAGGGUUGAAACUAAACAGCCAAAUGAAGCUAAAAAUCCAUCAAAGGAUGAGGGCCUAGUUAAAACUGUAGACUAUGCAAAGAAUGCAUCUGUUCCAAAAGAUAACGUUAUAACAUGUUCUCAUCAAACGAGUACCCCACAAGUCCUUCCGCCUGUUAGAAAAUCUUCAUCCACACCUCGAAGAAAUUCACAUAUAAGGGUUUUAGAUUUUACAACUCCCAGAAGGAUAUUACAUGAAACAAUUAACGAAGUAGUUCCAAAUGAAAUCUGUGAUAACCAUGUUGAGAUUAAUAAUGAAAACACUAAUUUAGUUAUAUCUAGUAUUGACAACAGCGAAAAUAAUAUUGUAGAUAUGCGAACUGUCAAAGUUCACAAAAUAGAAACGUGUCGUAUCAGUAAAGUAAAUAGUGAAAGUGACAAUAAACUUCUCAAAUUCAAUAAAAAAGCUAAUUGGGAUGCCGAUUUACGUGCUUUGACUGUUAUGAAUGAUACGAGUAAUUUGACCGUUAAUAGUAAACCUAAAUCAACAAAAUCGGCAAGUAAAAUUAAAAAACCCAAAACGAAACCUGUUGAGCCCCCAGUUGAGAAAGUAGAAGAGGAAGAGAAAAACCAAGGGAAAAAAUCUCGUGCAAAAAGAAAAUUAUCUCCUAAAGUAAAGAAGUCAAAAAAGCUAAAAAAGCUUCAAGAAGAAGAAGCACAGUAUGCCGAUUCUUCAAAUACUGUUGAGAGUAAGGGAACAGUUAGACCAGUGUUUAACAUUAUGGGCAGUGAUACUUACACUCAAAAGGAAGAUAAAAAAGAACAAUCAAAAGAAGAUAAUAAUCAAAACAAAUCAAAUAAUGAGGAUGUUAAUGAAACACCAGAAGCGGAAAGACUGUGCUUUCAAAAUGAAAUUGGCGCCAGGCUUAACAUAUCAGAAUUUUUGGAAACGCCAUAUAAGCAGGUUCUUUAUGACAUUCAAAUGGAAACGCCCAAAUUUCUAGGGUCCGUCUUGCCUAACGACCCAAUUUCGGAUAUAAAAAUAAUGAGUAUACCUACUCCUCGAUUCUUUGAUACCCCAAAACCGGCACAUGCUACGCCGUCUUCUUACUCUUCACGCCCUACAGAUUACUCUAGUGGUGGAUCUUAUUACAAGCCCGAUGAUCAAGAUUAUCUGCGGAUACCUGAUUUAGAGUGUCCUGUAACCUCAUCAAAAGAAGAACCGCAUGCUGAAAUACCUGAAGAAUCAGACUCUUCUAGUAAAAGGAGUUCGAGGCCCGUUAGAAAAUGUACGAAAAAUGUUUCGUACGUAGACCGUAAUAACGCUGACAGUAAUAAGACAAAAGAAAAGGUCAUAGAUGAAAAACCCAUUAUAGUUCCUAAUUUAAGUGAUUCCACAAGUCCCAAUAGUUCUUUUGAAAAUAAUAAAGAUCUCAAGUUAAAAACCCCUAAAGCAAGUAAAUCUAAAUUACAUUCUAAAUCCGAUAGUAAAAAGAAGUUGGAUUCUGUUAAAAAGCGCAAAACCCCUGUAAAAAAAGAAAAACUAAAUUCAUUUAUGAAAAUAAAGCCAAGGAGGCCUACACCAACAAAAGAAAAUAAGAAAAGAAGUAGGAGAAAAACGGACGUAUACGCACAAAAUAAUACGAGUAAGCCGAAAGAGAAACCCUCUGCCACUGUGAAAGAGAAACAGGUUCAUGUAACACCUGUCGUUGUACCUGCUCCGAAAAAAUCGCGUCGAAAAUCGUCCACACCGAGGAAAAUCCAUUGUACGAAACCAUUUACCUCUGAAAGCUCCCUCGAAUCACCAGAAAACAAUGCCAGUGCCAAUGCCACUGUUGUUUAUAAAGACAGUGUCAAAGCCGAACAGAACAUGGUUUCGUCGCAGGACUCGGAUACAGAACAAAUUGCACUCCAAUGGUCCGAUGAUGGUUCCCAGGAUGCUAAACUAAAUGACUGUGAACCUGAAGAUAUUACAAAAAUUAAGCACUAUAUUGAAACUUCUGUUAACAAUAAAAGUGAUCUGAAUGAUAAAGCGGAACCUUUGCACGUCGAUCUAAUCAAGAGAGGAUUUGACGCCGAAACAGCAAAAAUUAUAGAAAGGGAUUUGCUUGACGCACCCCCUUGUGAAACACAAAAUCGUAAUCCUGGUAUUAAUAUAACAGAAUCUACAAAUGCUGCAAAUUCAUUAGAAAAUGCAACUGAAACAGAUACAAGUGCUACGAAUGAAUUGCAAAUUGUUCAAGAUGAUGAAACAGAAGAAGACAUUGAAUUAUCCGCUUACGAAUGCCAUGAAGGAAGUAGUAAUUAUAUAGUUUGUACAAGCGAGGCCAAAGAAGUGUCGAAAAAAGCACCGACAAAAUUGAAGGACAAGUUUUGUAUGGAGGUGUGCAUAGAUGAUGGCGUUGCAAUUAGGUUAAGAGCAACUAGUUUUAAUAUGUUAUAUGAUAAUACUCCAGCAAAUGAAGAAGAAUUGGGAUACAGUUUUAGGGAAACUGAAGUAGCCGUAAGUUCAAUAUCAAACAUAGAAAAAUUGUACACUCCAUUAAAAGAUCAUAAGGCCGAAUGUUUUGAAAUAUUUGAUUCUACAUUAACGAGUUUAGAUACACCUUUGAAAUUAAACAGUCCAAAACACAUGGAUCAAAAAGUGACAGAAAUAGAAAUAGUAUUUGAAGAGGAAAAGUUAGAUGCAGACAAAACUGAUACUAAGAAAAGAAAAAGAUUACAGAGUAGUAUGAAUGACUCUGAGGAAGCUUUAAACGAAAGUAAGAAAACAAAACCUGAACCUCAAUAUUUAUUUAAUUCUACGAAUAUACAGAAUAUUGACAUUGAAUCAGUACUUAAAAAGCUCCAUGGACCGUAGUGGUUUCAAAUUACCUGUUUUUAGAAUUGUUAAGUUUAGAAGUUACUUAGUUUCUGACUAUGAACUUAUGGACAAGUGUAAUGUUAUUUUAUUAUUAAUCAGUGCAGAAGAAUUAUAUUUAUAUGUGUAAGACACAUACAAUCAGUCCAAUGUAUUGUACAGUUCAUUAUAAGUUGUAAAUAUAAUUGUGCGAGACACAAGACGUGACCAUUUUUCUUAUUAAAAAUAUUUUUAAGUACUCA